GACCCGGCCUGGGCGGUAGCACCGGCGAUAUCGUUAUCGGCGGCGGUAUCGGUAUCGAUAGCGAUAUCGGUAUCGGCAGCGGUAUCGCAGCGCACUGCGGGGCGGGAGGAGCGGUCGGUGCACCCCGCGCAUCCCUCCGGGCCUGUUCAGCCGGUGCAGGGGCGGAAUUCUCCGUGUCUGGCGGGGGAGCGGCCCCCGCCCCUGGGACCGAGCGGCGAUGUGAGCCCCGGGCCCCGCCAUGGCCGAGCCCGCCGGAGGGGCCGGGCAGCCCCCGCCGCCCGCGGGGCGCAGGAGGUGACGGAGCCCCCAUGAGAGCCCCCACCAGCCCCACUAGCAGAGGAUAAUCCUCCCUGGAGCCCAGCCCAAGACAGGGAUCCUGCCGGCACAAGCCGUGGCUUCUCUGCACCCCAGAGCCUGCCUGGCCUCUGCCCGCAGCAUUUCCCUUCCCUGAAUCGAUUCCAGGGUUUUGUCCUCCCCUUCAAAGGGAGGAGACCUGGGAACUCAUCCCACAUACGUCUCCUCUGGUAUCCCCACCAGGUCAGUAUCGUAUCCCCAUGGGCCGAUGCUGGGGCUGACCACGUGCCUUGCAGCUGCUCACGGGACACCGGCGACCACCGUGCACUGAGACUGGCACAAAGACAUGAGUGGCAACGCGAGCCAACGAGCCGCCGCCCUGGGGGUCCUCUUUGCCCUGAUCAUGUUGCUGAUCAUCUACAGCUCUGGCAAUGGGAGCGAGGUCUUCCCCUACAGCCGCCUGCGGGGCAGAGCCCGCCGGCCCCCCGACCUCAAGAAGUGGGGAGUGAAAAGCGGGUACCUGCCCGUCUGUGGGAACAAGACCCUGACUGCCCGCUGCCACCAGUGCGUCAUUGUCACCAGCUCCAGCCACCUCCUGGGCACCCACCUAGGCACAGCCAUCGACGGGGCCGAGUGCACCAUCCGCAUGAACGACGCUCCCACCACGGGCUACGAGGCUGAUGUGGGCAACAAGACCAGCUUCCGUGUGGUGGCCCACUCCAGCCUCUACCGUGUCCUCAAGCGGCCUCAGGAGUUCGUCAACAAGACCCCGGAGAAUAUCUUCAUCUUCUGGGGGCCACCCAUCAAGAUGCAGAAGAGCCUCCUGAAGAUCAUCCAGCGCGUCUGUGCCUCCUUCCCCAACAUGACGGCCUACGUCGUGUCCCCCGGCCGCAUGAAGCAGUUUGAUGACCUGUUUCGGGGGGAGACAGGGAAGGACAGGGAGAAGUCACGCUCGUGGCUCAGCACUGGGUGGUUCACCAUGGUGAUCGCGGUGGAGCUGUGCGACGCCGUCCACGUCUAUGGCAUGGUGCCACCCAGCUACUGCGGCCACCACCCCCCGCCCCGCCGCCUGCCCUACCACUACUACGAGCCCAAGGGCCCCGAUGAGUGCACAACCUACAUCCACAACGAGCGGAGCCGCAAGGGCAACCACCAUCGCUUCAUCACCGAGAAGAGGGUCUUUGCCAGCUGGGCCGGCCUCUACAACAUCACCUUCUCCCACCCCAAUUGGCCCUAGGGGCUGCCCCCUCGCCUGCCGGGCAGACCUUUGGAGCGGGGAUGGAUGGGGGUUUCCCUGCAUCCCCCUGGGAGCGGUGGGAGCCAGGGUGCCUCCCACAGGACCGCCCCCGUCAUGCACAGUGGCCCCGUUGCACCUGGGAUGUCUUGGGUUUUGAGCUGGUUUUUGGGGGAGCCAGGUGGUGAGUGCAGGGUUUGGGGUGUCCCCCCUCCACGGGCAGGAGACAUGGGGGUGAGAUCCUGCCCCACCCUGGUCCAGGCACAUUGCAGCCCCUGCGAGCCUGCAAAAGGGUGCCGGGUCACCUCUGCUCAGUUUGGGGUUGCAUCACUUUUGGGGUCACUGCAGAGACUGUUUCCCCCAACUCUCUGAGUGGAAGGACCCCCUCUUGAAGCUCAGCCCCCCUCAGCCCCCCAGUCUCAGUCCUCAGUCACCCCUCCCUCAGCAGAACCCCACAGUUUUUGGUGGGAACCCGUGAGGGUGGCACUGCCAUCCUUGCUGCCCCAGCACCCUGAAAACACCCAUUCCCUCCCAGCACCGCUGCACCCCUCACUGCCAAAACCUUUUCUAACUGAAUGAUGGGAUUUUUGUGAGCUUUUCGGGGUUUUUGGCGUUUUUUCUAUCCACUUCUGGUCCCAGAGUUUGUGUUUGGGUUUCCUGGCCGAAGGAACAAGCAGGGGCUGCUCAUUAAUGGUAACGAAGGGCCAGCAGUAGCUGCUUAUAAACAAUUAGAAGUGGGUAGGUAAUGGGGGGUAUUGGUGCUCCUUGGCACUCUGGGGCUGGAUUUUGUUAUUAAUAUCUUAGCAGCGGAGAGGAGAUUUGGGGAAAACAGCUAAAUAUGAUGUGUUUGGGUGCUGAACCUUGGCUGGGCUCCAUGCCUCAGUUUCCCUCUGGCUGUGGCUGGGGUUUUGCAGGGCUCUGUUCUGGGGGGAAGCUGCGGGGUGCCUGUGUUUUGUAAUGGUUUGUACAGGAAUAAAUAUUGCUGCAGUCUGUUGCCUUGG